GUUUUCAAGUUCGAUCUUCUCUUCUUCUUCGAUUAGGGUUUUCGAGUUGGGUUUCGAUCUCUAUUUUUGCUUGGAUUUUCGAUUUGGGGCAUUGGGGUUUUGGUUUGGGCUUAAAAUCCGAAAGCCAACAACAUGUUUUUGUGUCAAUUCGUCUCGUUCUUCGAACUCGGUGACUCGCUCUCGAACUCGCGAGUUUGGUACGAGUCGACGAGUUUACUCCGAGUUCAUUACGAGUUUAAAAAAAACGAGUUUAUAUGCGAGUUAACCCGUGAACACUGUCAUGACUCGCAGACUCGUACGGGUGUACGAGUCAACCCGCGAGUUUGAUAACCAUGGUUGCAGCCAUUAAUUUAAAAACCAAAAUAUCAGAGGAGAGGGUGGACUAAAUGGAUUGAACUCAGUUGCUAAAACAUAUUUAAACAAAAUCUCUUUGCUGGUGCAGUUCACUCCUUUUAGUCCUACUAUGUGAAAGAAAAGAGUGGCAUGCUAAAUGAAAGUGCUCCUUGUAAAUUAUAAGAACUACACACUGAAGUUUUGAGAGUAGCAGAGUGUGACUCUUGCAGCAUAAAAUGAAAGCAGAGACAUGCAAGGAUUACAUAAUAAUCGUAAACUUUGUGGCCAAAUUAUGCGUGCAAUGGGUUAGGUGGCAUGAUGUUUGUUGCUAUAUUUAACCAUGAAGGGAAUAUAGUUGUAAAGAACACUCUUAAUUGCAAAUAUGUACUAUCUCUAAUAGAAAUUUAAUAGUUGUGAUCAAUCAUUUUUCUUUUUUUCCUUGAUUAUUGUUUUCUGAUCAUAGGUUGUACUAUAUGAAAUCCAUUAGUUAUGUCUGUUACUAAAGGCUUACUUGGAUAAAGACUAUCAAAAGUCUUCUCUCUCAGGAGUAGAGCUUCUCUAGAUUUUUUUCAUCUGCUUUAUUUUGUAUAUUUAAAUAUAUUUUACUUAAUUAUUUCUUCUUUUGGAUUGUAUUUAGUGAAUAUUCUUCCUCUGUGUGCUCUCAUUUCCUUUUUAUUAGCAGAAAUGAAGAGAAAACACACUGAUCUCAUGUACUGGGUGGGAGUCAUAACAUUUCCUUUGGUUGUCAAAUAGGAAACAAAAUGGAAAAGAGAAGAAUAUUUUGUUUAUAAAGUCAAUUUUUAUUUUUCAUCAAAUAAAGAGGAAUCAUUAUUUGUGUUGUUUUUCCUGUUUCUUUUUUUCUUUUCCAAAUAGACCAAUAGAUUUUUAUGACUAACUUCUGAGUUGCUCUCCAUAAGAUAUGUUUUAGCCUUUUGUGUUCAUCUCUAAAGGUGUGAUUCUCGAGAUUAUCAGACAAUUAUAUGUAGUGACUGUUUUCAAAUUUCAAAUAGAAUGUCAAUACAAAAAAUAAUUCCAUAGAAACUUCUAAUUUUAAUCGAACUUAGGAAGCAACAUUAUUUAGUUGCGCAUUAUUAAAGCACCAUUUCUUCAAUUGGCUUACCAGUACUGCUUUUUUUUUUCUUGUGAACAAAACAAGAACUGUUAGAAUAUCAGUAUCAAACUUAAAUGAGUUAAGGACCAAAGGCCCAAAGAAGAUAAUGGACUCAAUGUACAUCAUGGAGAUCACUUUCAAAUUCACGUGAUUUCUGUAGUCUCUUUCAAACUUGAAAUGAAAUUUCUUAAACGAGGCAUGGAAUAAAUUAGUCAUUCAGAGUCACAGAAUUCCCUCCUAGAUUAAUAGGUGCAGUGGCAGAAACAUUUUAGGAGUAGUAGCUUUGAAAUUAAUUAAUUACGAAAAUUCACCAAAAGGAGACACACUAACAAGAAAAUUGUGAUACUACUUUAUUGUAUAUGUCAAAAUGUAUGAGUUGGUGUGUAGAGUGUGUUCCCUUCAUGAACGUACCACCCAAAUAUGAGUUGGUUAUAAUAAGCACAUGGAUUUUAAUUUUUUUUUAUAAUUGAAUAAAUCAGUUUGAACUAUUUUCACGUAAGAUAUAAGCUAUUUUUAUAUCUUAGAAAGAUUCCCUUUACUUUCCUUUCACCGCACACCAUAAACCUUUUUCUUUUUAAUUUGUUUCUUGCCAGGCCAGUGUGAUAAAAUCUUUAGAACUGAUAAUUGAAAUGCAUUGCCCUAAACAAAAAGUGUGGCCAUUGCACUAGGUUUCUUUUUUGGUGUUAAAGUAGUGGCAGGUUUUCCUAUCUAAGUCUUUUCUUCCGAUCAAUGACUCAUAAUUGUUGAAAUAACGUUGAUGAUGAGAGGAAAGUGGAGUUGAUGAUGAAUGUUAAUAAUUGAUAAUGCAUGCAUAAAUGCAAGAGUAGAAGUAGUACUAUGAUGUGAGGGCAUGAAAGAGUGAAGAACAUAAAUUAGAAAGCGCUGAAGGAGAGAGACAGAAGAAACAAAUCUAUAAGCGAAACGAUGUGUUGGCUCUCUCAACAGCUGAACAUUAAAUUGGACAGAGUUCUGAGUCUCCUUUCUUGUUCCCACCAUUAAAUUGGACAGCCUCUUUUUGAAUUUCAACCAUCUUUUAAUUAAAACCUUCAUACCAAUCUUCACAUACGUUGCUAUAAGAAAAGAGAGACAAUACAAACAAUUGUAAGUAUUAGUGAAACGAUAAGUUUGUAUAUAAUUACUCUAAUUAUUUUAUCUGUCAAAUUUAGUUAUUUGCUUUUGCUUUUGUACUCUACCUACUUGUUUUUAUGUUAUUUUUCUUUUCUUUCCUAUGUGUCAGACAAACGUAUCUCUGUUUUCUCCCAAUUGCUUAAGCUUAAAAGUUUCUCUACAUGAUGUGUGUUGAAGUGUCACCUCUAUUGAAUUACUUUAUGUCGACUUAUUUAGUUUCUCAGAUUGGAAGAUUGGGGAUGGGGAAAUCGAGUUGUUAUAUUUUCUGAUAGACGUAAGUAGAAGAGACAGCACAAGAAGGGAAGAUCCUUUUGAGGUUUUCAUUCUUGGGAAGACUUUUGGAUAGGUAAUAUCGAUCUUCUGUGCAUCCUUCCAAGGUUGCAACCUCAGUGAGUAUUCUUUCGCUUAUUGCUCUCAAAGAAUGGUGUACUAACAAGCUUCGAAAAGAAGAGACCGAAAGAAAGAGAAAGAUGAGGUUUUUGGGUCACGCAGCUCAAUGGAGAAGCGCAGCGAAGGAAGCGUUGGACCGCACAAGCAUCACUGUGAAUUUCCUGUGUUGGCUUCACUUCACCAGCAACUACCUCUGUUCCCCGUUUCACGCGUAUGGGGUUAGCAUGCUCCCCACUCUCAACGUCACCGGCGACAUCCUCCUCGCCGACCAUCUCUCUCCGCUACUCGGGAACGUCGGCCACGGCGACUUGGUUCUCGUUCGGUCCCCUCUAAACCCUAAGAUCAGGUUGACGAAGCGCGUCGUGGCCGUGGAAGGGGACACCGUCACUUACUUCGACCCGUUGCACUCUGAAGCUUCUCAAGUUGCAGUGGUGCCAAAGGGGCAUGUUUGGAUUCAAGGGGAUAACAUUUAUGCCUCCCGUGACUCACGCCAUUUCGGUCCUGUCCCAUAUGGUCUCAUAGAAGGAAAAGUGUUUUUCCGGGUAUGGCCACCUGGUAGCAUUGGAUUACUCGAUUGAAGAUAUUAUAAAUAAGGAGUUGUGCAUAGUCAACAUCGCAUAGACAUUCGCGAAGCUCCGACAUUAACAUUUCAACCAAAGUAGCAUUCCUAUUGUAGUUGAGGUAUUUAGAGGUGUUGGUUAGAUCAAUUUUUUCUCCACCAUAUUUCAAGUUUGCAGCAUUUAUCCAAUCAUUUGGUGUGAUCUAAUCUUCUUCAACACCUUAAUGAUUAGAUUAUCUACGUCGAGGAGUUUGAUAUUUGUUUACAACGGUUUUACAAUAUCCUCAUAAUAAUCGCGUUUUCAUGACAGUAAUCUUUUGAAGGAUUGAGAGGUCAAUUACUAAGAAAUGUAAUCCAAAAGAAUGUAAAUCUAGUCAUAAAAAAAAUGAAAUUCAUUAUCUUCGACUA